ACCCUAAAAAUGAAAAAGAAAACUAAAGUAGAAUUCAUCUCCCUCCAUCGGUCAAUUCCAUGUUCAGCUCCAACCAACCCUUUAUCUACUCUUCUUCCAUAAAUCCAAAUCUACAUCCAACCAACAAAAUCAAACUCUCAACUCUCAAAUCAACCCCAAUUCACGUCACCAACUUGCCGGAAUCUUUCAAAGUUAGGGGUUCUCACUCUUACGGAGAGAUGAUCGGACCAGGGAGGCCACAGAUAGUAUUGUUCGGAUCAUCAAUUGUUCAGCUUAGCUUCAGCAAUGAUGGUUGGGGCGCCAUUCUCGCCGACGUCUACGCUCGCAAGGCAGAUAUAGUACUGCGAGGAUACUAUGGUUGGAAUUCCAGACGUGCUAUCAAGGUUCUUGAUCAAGUUUUCCCAAAGGAUGCUGCUAUUCAGCCUUCACUUAUCAUUGUUUACUUUGGUGGUAAUGAUUCAAUGGGACCACACUCAUCUGGUUUAGGUCCCCAUGUCCCUCUUCCUGAAUAUAUUGAAAACAUGAGAAAAAUAGUAACUCAUCUCAAGGGCCUUUCAGACACAACAAGGUUAAUUUUUCUUAGUUGUCCACCAGUAGACGAGGUCAAGCUUAGUGAAAACACAAGUUCAAUUUUUAGUGAGCUUGUUCGAACAAAUGAGUUAUGUAGAACAUAUUCAGAAGCUUGUGUAGAGUUAUGCAAUGAGAUGGGAGUGAAAGUUAUCGAUCUUUGGACUGCAUUUCAGAAACGAGAUGAUUGGAUGACUGCUUGCUUCACAGAUGGGGUGCAUCUAUCAGGUGAAGGAAGCAAGAUAGUUGUUGCAGAGAUAUUGAAGGUGCUUAAAGAGGCUGAAUGGAAGCCCAGUCUAUUCUGGAAAUCCAUGGCCACAGAAUUUUCAGAAGAUUCACCAUAUGACUUAGUCUAUACAGAUGGAAAAACCACACUUAACCCUUCUGAUUGGACCUUCCAUAGGGAGAUUCAAUGGGACUAAUAAUAUUGUUAUCAAACAAUUCUGUUGUAAGUAAGGAAACAUUUCUAUCACAAUAAUGUAGUAGUUCCAUGUAUUUCUUCUUUUAUUAUGUUCCAAUGAAUCAAAACAAUUUAGCAACGUCA